CGCGCUGUCCUCCUCCUCCUCCUCCUCCUCCGUGGCGGCGGCAUCCUCUUCCUCCUCGGCCGACCUCGGCUCGGCUAUGGAGACGGGGCUGCUCCCCAACCACAAACUGAAAGCCGUUGGCGAGGCCCCCGCCGCACCGCCCCAUCACCACCACCACCACCACCACCACCAUGCCCACCACCACCACCAGCAGCAUGCCCACCAUCACCACCUCCUCCUCCACCACCACCACCACCACGCACUACAGCAGCAGCUAAACCAGUUCCAGCAGCAGCAGCAGCAGCAGCAGGAGCAGCAGCAGCAGCAACAUCCCAUUUCCAACAACAGCCUGGGAGGCGCGGGUGGCGGCGCGCCUCUGCCCUGCCCGGAUAUGGAACAGCCGCAACAUGGACGCUCCAAGGACUGUGCCUCGGGCAAUCAGACCGAACCCCAGGGCCAGCCUCUACUGAGCAAGCCGGCCGAUGAGGACGACGCGCCGCCCAAGAUGGGGGAGCCUACGGGUGGCCGCUUCGAGCACCCGGGCCUGGGCGCCCAGCAGCAGCAGCAGCAGCAGCAGCAGCAGCAGCAGCAGCAACAGCAGCAGCAACAGCAGCAGCAGCAGCAACAGCAGCAGCAGCAGCAACAGCAGCAGCAGCAGCAGCAGCAACCACCGGUCGCCGUGCCCGGGGGUGGCAGCGGCGGUGGCGGCUCCGCGGCCGUCUCGGAGUUUAAUAAUUACUAUGGUAGCGCUGCCCCUGCUAGCGGCGGCCCCGGCGGCCGCACUGGGCCUUGCUUUGAUCAACAUGGCGGACAACAAAGCCCCGGGAUGGGGAUGAUGCACUCCGCCUCCACCGCCGCAGGAACCCCCAACAGUAUGGACCCCCUGCACAACUCCCACGAAGGGUACCCCAACAGCCAGUACAACCAUUAUCCGGGUUACAGCCGGCCCGGCGCGGGCGGCGGCGGCGGAGGAGGAGGAGGCAGCGGAGGAGGAGGAGGAGGAGGAGGAGGUGGAGGAGGAGGAGGAGGAGCAGCAGCAGCAGGAGCGGGAGCUGUGGCGGCGGCGGCCGCGGCGGCGGCGGCGGCAGCAGCAGCAGGAGGCGGCGGCGGCGGCGGCGGUGGCGGCGGCGGCGGCGGCGGCGGCAGCUAUGGGGGCUCGUCCUCGGGGUACGGGGUGUUGAGCUCCCCUCGGCAGCAAGGCGGCGGCGGCGGCGGCGGCGGCAUGAUGAUGGGCCCCGGGGGCGGCGGGGCCGCGAGCCUCAGCAAGGCGGCCGCCGGCACGGCGGCCGGGGGUUUCCAACGCUUCGCCGGACAGAAUCAGCACCCGUCGGGGGCCACGCCGACCCUCAACCAGCUGCUCACGUCGCCCAGCCCCAUGAUGCGGAGCUACGGGGGCAGCUACCCCGACUACAGCAGCCCCAGCGCGCCUCCGCCGCCGCCGCCGCCGUCGCAGCCCCAGUCCCAGGCGGCGGCGGCGGCAGCGGCAGCGGCGGCGGCGGCGGCGGCGGCCGCGGGGGCGGCGGCGGGCGGCCAGCAGGCGUCCGCGGGCAUGGGCUUGGGCAAGGACUUGAGCUCUCCGUACGCCGCUGCCAGCCCGGCCUGGGCGGCCGCACAACAAAGAAGUCACCCGGCGAUGAGCCCCGGCACUCCCGGACCCACCAUGGGCAGAUCCCAGGGCAGUCCAAUGGAUCCAAUGGUGAUGAAGAGACCUCAGUUGUACGGGAUGGGCAGUAACCCUCAUUCCCAGCCACAGCAGAGCAGUCCAUACCCAGGAGGCUCCUACGGACCCCCAGGCGCGCAGCGGUACCCCCUGAGCAUGCAAGGCCGAGCUCCAGGGGCCCUGGGAGGCCUGCAGUACCCGCAGCAGCAGAUGCCACCUCAGUACGGACAGCAAGGUGUGAGUGGUUACUGCCAACAAGGCCAACAGCCAUAUUACAGCCAGCAGCCGCAGCCCCCGCACCUUGCGCCCCAGGCGCAGUACCUGCAGUCCCAGCCACAGCAGAGGUACCAGCCGCAGCAGGACUUGUCUCAGGAAGGCUAUGGAACUAGAUCUCAACCUCCUCUGGCUCCAGGAAAACCCAACCAUGAAGACUUGAAUUUAAUACAACAGGAAAGACCGUCAAGUUUACCAGUUGAAGUCCUGGCCUCGGAGGAUGCCGCCUUUGGACUCAAGGACUUGUCUGGCUCCAUCGAUGACCUCCCCACUGGGACAGAAGCAACUCUGAGCUCUGCAGUCAGUGCCUCUGGGUCCACAAGCAGCCAGGGGGACCAGAGCAACCCAGCUCAGUCACCUUUUUCUCCACACGCAUCACCCCAUCUCUCCAGCAUCCCGGGGGGCCCAUCACCUUCUCCUGUUGGCUCACCUGUAGGAAGCAACCAGUCCCGAUCUGGCCCAAUUUCUCCUGCAAGUAUUCCAGGUAGCAGCCAGAUGCCUCCUCAGCCACCUGGAAGCCAGUCAGAAUCCAGUUCCCAUCCUGCCUUGAGCCAGUCACCAAUGCCACAGGAAAGAGGUUUCAUGGCAGGCUCACAGAGAAACCCUCAGAUGUCUCAGUAUGGACCGCAGCAGGCAGGACCAUCCAUGUCACCUCAUCCUUCUCCUGGGGGCCAGAUGCAUCCUGGAAUCAGUAGCUUUCAGCAGAGUAACUCCAGUGGCACUUACGGUCCACAGAUGAGCCAGUAUGGACCCCAAGGUAACUACUCCAGACCCCCAACGUAUAGUGGGGUGCCCAGUGCAAGCUACAGUGGCCCAGGUCCUGGCAUGGGUAUCAAUGCCAACAACCAGAUGCAUGGACAGGGGCCAAGCCAACCAUGUGGUGCUAUGCCCCUGGGACGGAUGCCAUCAGCUGGGAUGCAGAACAGACCAUUUCCUGGAAACAUGAGCAGCGUGACCCCCAGUUCUCCCGGCAUGGCUCAGCAGGGAGGGCCAGGAAUGGGGCCACCAAUGCCCACUGUGAACCGUAAGGCCCAGGAGGCCGCCGCAGCCGUGAUGCAGGCUGCCGCGAACUCGGCACAAAGCAGGCAAGGCAGUUUUCCUGGCAUGAACCAGAGUGGACUCAUGGCCUCCAGCUCUCCCUACAGCCAACCCAUGAACAACAGCUCCAGCCUGAUGAACACACAGACGCCACCCUACAGCAUGACGCCGGCCAUGGUGAACAGCUCCACAGCAUCUAUGGGUCUUGCAGAUAUGAUGUCUCCUGGUGAAUCCAAACUGUCCGUGCCUCUCAAAGCAGACGGCAAAGAAGAAGGCGCGCCCCAGCCCGAGAGCAAGUCGAAGGAUAGCUACAGCUCUCAGGGUAUCUCUCAGCCCCCAACCCCAGGCAACCUGCCCGUCCCUUCCCCCAUGUCCCCCAGCUCUGCUAGCAUCUCCUCCUUUCAUGGAGAUGAGAGUGAUAGCAUUAGCAGCCCAGGCUGGCCAAAGACUCCAUCAAGCCCUAAGUCCAGCUCAUCCACCUCCACUGGGGAGAAGAUCACAAAAGUGUACGAGCUUGGGAACGAGCCAGAGAGGAAGCUGUGGGUUGACCGAUACCUGACUUUCAUGGAGGAGAGGGGCUCCCCUGUGUCCAGUCUGCCCGCAGUGGGCAAAAAGCCCCUGGACCUAUUCCGACUCUAUGUCUGCGUCAAAGAGAUUGGAGGUUUGGCACAGGUUAAUAAAAACAAGAAGUGGCGUGAGCUGGCCACCAAUCUAAAUGUUGGCACUUCAAGCAGCGCCGCGAGCUCCCUGAAAAAGCAGUAUAUUCAGUACCUGUUCGCGUUCGAGUGCAAGACGGAGCGCGGCGAGGAGCCCCCCCCUGAAGUCUUCAGCACCGGGGACACGAAGAAGCAGAAGCUCCAGCCGCCGUCCCCGGCUAACUCAGGAUCCUUGCAAGGCCCACAGACCCCACAGUCCACUGGCAGCAACUCAAUGGCAGAGGUUCCAGGCGACCUGAAGCCACCUACCCCAGCCUCCACUCCUCAUGGUCAGAUGGCCCCCAUGCAGGGUGGAAGAAGCAGUACAAUCAGUGUGCACGACCCGUUCUCAGAUGUGAGUGACUCAUCGUACCCGAAACGGAACUCCAUGACUCCAAACACCCCAUACCAGCAGGGCAUGAGCAUGCCAGACAUGAUGGGCAGGAUGCCCUAUGAACCCAACAAGGACCCAUUUGGUGGAAUGAGAAAAGUGCCUGGAAGUAGCGAGCCCUUCAUGACGCAAGGACAGAUGGCCAAUAGCAGCAUGCAGGACAUGUAUAACCAAAGUCCCUCAGGAGCGAUGUCCAACCUGGGCAUGGGGCAGCGGCAGCAGUUUCCCUAUGGGGCCAGUUAUGACCGAAGGCAUGAACCCUACGGGCAGCAGUAUCCUGGCCAAGGGCCUCCCACAGGACAGCCGCCGUAUGGACACCAGCCCGGCCUAUACCCGCAGCAGCCGAAUUACAAACGCCAUAUGGAUGGCGUGUACGGGCCUCCAGCCAAGCGCCACGAGGGAGACAUGUACAGCAUGCAGUACGGCAGCCAGCAGCCCGAGCUGUACAACCAGUAUGGAAGCUCGUACUCCGGCCCCGACCGGAGGCCCAUGCAGGGACAGUACCCCUACCCCUACAACAGAGAGAGGGUGCAGGGCCCAGGCCAGAUGCAGCCCCAUGGAAUCCCGCCUCAGAUGAUGGGGGGCCCAAUGCAGUCAUCCUCCAGCGAAGGGCCUCAGCAGAAUAUGUGGGCAGCUCGCAACGAUAUGCCUUACCCCUACCAAAACAGGCAAGGCCCAGGCGGCCCCACACAGGCACCCCCUUACCCGGGCAUGAACCGCACAGAUGAGAUGAUGGUGCCUGAUCAGAGGGUCAACCACGAGAGCCAGUGGCCUUCUCACGUCAGCCAGCGCCAGCCUUACCUGUCGUCGUCAGCCUCCAUGCAGCCCAUCACGCGCCCUCCUCAGUCAUCCUACCAGACGCCACCGUCUCUGCCGAACCACAUCUCCAGGGCUCCCAGCCCCGCCUCCUUCCAGCGCUCCCUGGAGAGCCGCAUGUCUCCAAGCAAGUCUCCCUUUCUACCCGCCAUGAAGAUGCAGAAGGUCAUGCCCACGGUCCCCUCCUCCCAGGUCACCGGGCCACCCCCGCAGCCACCUCCAAUCAGAAGGGAGGUUACCUUCCCUCCAGGCUCUGUGGAAGCCUCCCAGCCAGUCCUGAAACAGAGGCGGAAGAUUACCUCCAAAGAUAUCGUUACUCCUGAGGCAUGGCGUGUGAUGAUGUCCCUUAAGUCAGGUCUGUUGGCUGAAAGUACUUGGGCUCUGGAUACCAUCAACAUUCUCCUAUAUGACGACAGCACUGUUGCUACUUUCAACCUCUCCCAGCUGUCUGGAUUCCUCGAACUGUUAGUGGAGUACUUUAGGAAAUGCCUGAUUGACAUUUUCGGGAUUCUUAUGGAAUACGAAGUGGGUGGCCCCAGCCAGAAAGCACUUGAUCACCGUGCUGGAAAGAAGGAUGACAGCCAGUCCUUGGGAGACGAUUCUGGGAGAGAGGAAGAAGACGCUGACUGUCUUGAUGAAGAUGAGGACGAGGACGAUGAAGAGGAAGAUGACGACAAGACAGAACCCGAGGCAAAGAGCAGUGCUGCCCUCACUGCUCCAGAUGCCACCACGGACCCCACGGAGAAGCCCAAACAGGCCAGUAAGUUUGACAAGCUGCCCAUAAAGAUUGUCAAAAAGAACAACCUGUUUGUGGUAGACCGGUCUGACAAGCUGGGCCGGGUGCAGGAGUUCAACAGCGGGCUCCUGCACUGGCAGCUCGGAGGCGGCGACACCACUGAGCAUAUCCAGACUCACUUCGAGAGCAAGAUGGAAAUCCCCCCUCGCAGACGCCCACCGCCCCCUUUAAGCUCCACGGGUAGAAAGAAAGAGCCAGAAGGCAAAGGCGAUUCCGAAGAGCAGCCAGAGAAAAGCAUCAUCGCCACCAUUGAUGAUGUUCUGUCCGCCCGGCCAGGGGCCCUGCCUGAAGACGCCAACCCAGGGCCCCAGACCGACAGCAGCAAGUUUCCCUUUGGAAUCCAGCAGGCCAAAAGCCACCGGAACAUCAGGCUGCUGGAAGAUGAGCCCAGGAGCCGAGAUGAGACGCCCCUGUGCACCAUUGCGCACUGGCAGGACUCACUGGCCAAGCGCUGCAUCUGUGUGUCCAAUAUCGUGCGGAGCUUGUCCUUCGUGCCUGGCAACGACGCCGAGAUGUCCAAACACCCAGGCUUGGUGCUGAUCCUGGGGAAGCUCAUCCUGCUUCACCAUGAGCAUCCAGAGAGAAAACGAGCGCCGCAGACCUAUGAGAAGGAGGAGGACGAGGACAAGGGGGUGGCCUGCAGCAAGGACGAGUGGUGGUGGGACUGCCUCGAGGUCCUGCGGGAUAACACGCUGGUCACGUUGGCCAACAUCUCCGGGCAGCUAGACUUGUCUGCGUACACGGAGAGCAUCUGCUUGCCGAUCCUGGAUGGCUUGCUGCACUGGAUGGUGUGCCCGUCUGCAGAGGCACAGGACCCCUUUCCCACUGUGGGGCCCAACUCGGUCCUGUCGCCUCAGAGACUCGUGCUGGAGACCCUCUGUAAACUGAGCAUCCAGGACAACAAUGUGGACCUGAUCUUGGCCACACCUCCGUUUAGUCGUCAGGAGAAAUUCUAUGCUACAUUAGUUAGGUACGUUGGGGAUCGCAAAAACCCAGUUUGUCGAGAAAUGUCCAUGGCGCUUUUAUCGAACCUUGCCCAGGGGGACGCUCUGGCAGCAAGGGCCAUCGCUGUGCAGAAGGGAAGCAUCGGAAACUUAAUAAGCUUCCUGGAGGAUGGGGUCACGAUGGCGCAGUACCAGCAGAGCCAGCAUAACCUCAUGCACAUGCAACCCCCGCCUCUGGAACCCCCUAGCAUAGACAUGAUGUGCAGGGCGGCCAAGGCUUUGCUGGCCAUGGCCAGAGUGGACGAAAACCGCUCAGAAUUCCUUUUGCACGAGGGUCGGUUGCUGGAUAUCUCUAUAUCAGCUGUCCUGAACUCUCUGGUUGCAUCUGUCAUCUGUGAUGUACUCUUUCAGAUUGGGCAGUUAUGACAUAAGUGGGAAGGCAAGCAUGUGUGAGUGAAGAUAGAGGGUCACAUAGAACUGGCUGUUUCUGUUCUUGUUUAUCCAGCGUAGGAAGAAGGAAACGAAAAUCUUUGCUCCUCUGCCCCAUUCACUAUUUACCAAUUGGGAAUUAAAGAAAUCAUUAAUUUGAACAGUUAUAAAAUUAAUAUUUGCUGUCCGUGUGUAUAAGUACAUCCUUUGGGUUUUGUUUUCUUUUUUUAACCAAAGUUGCUGUCUAGUGCAUUCAAGGGUCACUUUUUAUUUUUCACAGAUUUUCUCUUGUUGUUUUCCAUGUUGUGUUGCAGUUUUGGGGGAAGCAAAUUGACUCUAAAGAGAAAAGAGUUUUGGCAAAAAUGAAUAAAUAAAUAAAUAAUGCUAAGAUGGGAAAAUUUCACCACACAGAGGCAAAAAGGUGAAAAAUUACCAAUUUCUUAGGAGGUUUAUUCUUCAGAGAAUGAAAAAAAGAAAAGAAAAGAAACUGCAUCCCAUCACCCACAGCUCUGUGCAAUAGAAACUUCUAGAAAUAAAGGCAUAGGGGCUUGAGGAGGUGUGUCAGUCAGUAGUCAGAACUAUGAGUGAUACUGGUUUCUUCACAGGAAAAAUGGUUACAUUAGGCUAGGAGCAAAAACAAUGUUUUCAGUUAGGAGAGAAAAUACAGACCUGACAGCAGUCAGUGGAAACUGCUUCCUCACCGCACCGCUGUGUCUGCUAUCUGUCGUUUGGCCUCCACAUGACAGCUCUUCACAAUUCCUUUAAUCAUUUUUUAAAUAUUUUUUUUACUGCCUGUGGGCUGUGAUGUAUAUAGAAGUUGUACAUUAAACAUACCCUCAUUUUUUUCUUUUCUUUUUUUUUUUUUAGUACAAAGUUUUUAGUUUCUUUUUCAUGAUGUGGUAACUACAAAGUGAUGGUAGAUUUAAAUAAUUUUUUAUUUUUAUUUUAUAUAUUUUUUCAUUAGGACCAUAUCUCCAAAAAAAAGAAACAAAAAAUACAAAAAACAAAAACAAACAAAAAAAAAACAAAAAAACAGAGGGUAAUGUACAAGUUUCUGUAUGUAUAAAGUCAUGCUCUAUUUCGGGAGAGCGGCUGGUCACGAUUUGCUUCAUGAAUCAAGGUGUGGAAAUGGUCGCAUAUGGAUUGAUUUAGAACAUGGUUAUCAGUACAGACAAAAACAGGAAAAAAAAAAAACUACAACUAAAAGGAAGAAACACAACUUCAAAGAUUUUUCAGUGACGAGAAUCCACAUUUGUAUUUCAAGAUAAUGUAGUUUAAAAAAAAGAAAAAGAAAAAAACCUUGAUGUAAAUUCCUCCUUUUCCUCUGGCUUAAUGAAUAUCAUUUAUUCAGUAUAAAAUCUUUAUAUGUUCCACAUGUUAAGAAUAAAUGUACAUUAAAUCUUGUUAA